AUGAUCACAAUUAUGAAGUUAUUCUUCUUGAUUUUGGCGGUCGGCCGAGAAUCAGUUCUAUCAAUAGCGAGCACUCGUGAGGUGAGAUGUGGAAGACGCCUAGUGUCAGGCCUCUUCUCACGUCCGCGGCUUCCUCUGGGUUACUCCUACAUCACGACGGUCCCGCAGGGCGCCUGUCGGCUCAACGUCUCGGAAAUACUGCCCAGCGAUAAUUAUAUAGCUUUAAAGAUAACGAACGGAUCGUAUGUAAUGAACGGUGAGUUUGCCGUUAGUGCCCCCGGAGUAUACGAAGCAGCCGGCGCAAGAUUCACUUACACUCGCAAAUCUGGUUUGGAUUCCGUGUUUGCAUCUGGGCCCAUACAUUUUCCAAUUGAUAUAAUGAUUCUCUACACCGAACCGAACCCGAGUAUCAAAUACGAGUACUUCACAGACGCCAUGCCUGGAGAAGUUGACAUAGAAUCCAUUACGAAGGAGGCAGAAUCUCCUCCUAAACAUAUACGGCGUCACCAUGGUUUUGAUCACUAUAAUGUACCGAGACACCCGGACAAUGAGAAUUCAAUCGAAAAUGUUGUCGGCACUCGAAAAUUCCUUUGGAAAAUAUUAUCAUAUACCCAAUGUUCUCGAAGCUGUGGAGGUGGCUUUCAGGUAGGCAAGUACCGAUGCGUCGAAUCCAGCAAUACUGGUGAUCGGGAAGUUUCUCCGGCACACUGCGUGGGUGCAGCUCCUGGUGGAAAAAGGAGACGUUGUGGGAACAUUCCGUGUCCGCCAAGGUGGAGGGCAGCCGCCUGGUCUUCAUGCCCUCAAUGUGGUCCGUCAACUAGAAGUAGGAUUGUUGGGUGUGUUCAAGAUCAUUCUAAGGGAAUUACUAAGAUAAGUGACGUGAAAUGUCCAGCGCCGAAACCAGCUAUAACUGAGAAAUGCAAUAUCCCAGAUUGUAACUCAGAAAUUACUAAACCUUCGAAGAAACAAGUGGAUGCCUUCAGAGAUGGGCCCGUUUAUACAAUCGAAGUAGAUUCUGGUUCGAAUGUAGGGCCUGAAUAUAACCUUGGUACCGGCGCGUGGCUUUACACCAACUGGUCUGAGUGUGUUGGUUGGUGCGUGGGCGGAGGUAUACAGACUCGAGCGGUGCGAUGCGCGGACCCCUCUGGGUGUGCUCCGAAGUCACCACCAGACUUCACCCGCACUUGUUCACCGAAAAUUUCUUGCGAAGCACAUGAAGGCCACUGGUUCACUGGGGACUGGUCCGCCUGCACCUCUCCAUGCGAGGGAAAGGAAGUAAGGGGUGUACUAUGUAUCGGUGGUACAGGGAGACAUUUGAAAGAAUCUGCAUGCAAGGCUCCAAAACCGGAGAGCGAACGCACUUGUGGUCAGGACUGUAAUCCGGAUUGGUUUACCAGUGAUUGGGGACAGUGCAUAGGAAACUGUACACUCGGUAUAGGUGUACAACAUAGGACUGUCGUAUGCGCACGCGGCGACAACGCCAACGAAACGAUGUGUAAAUCAACGAGACCUCACGCCACACAGCCAUGUACUCCGCGUUGUAUUGACUCUAACAAGCUUAUUCAGUCACAAGUACAGGAAACUACACAAAGACCAACUGCACACCAACCACCAGCCACUGCAGUACCAGAAGUGAAAGAUUGUGAGGACAAGUUGACAAAUUGCGCUUUAGCUGUACAAGCACGACUCUGUCAUUACAAGUAUUACAUACAGAAUUGUUGCAACUCUUGUAGGACGUAA